CUCUCCUUCGCGAUCACCGAAUAGAAACGGUUACUGCUGGUACCACGAACGAUUCGGCCAGCAAGCUAAAUCAUGUCGCCUGCCCUGUUCCUUCAAACGACAGCAGCAGGGAAACGGGCGGACCAGCACGUAGGGGCGACGGACGUAGCUGGUCAACGCAGUCGCCUUUUCUUCGUCACCGAUCGUAGAACCGGAGUUCGCUAUCUCGUCGAUACUGGCGCAGAAGUCAGCGUUCUCCCGCGUGAUCCAAACGACCCGACCGAAAAGGUGACUAGCUCAUUGCGCGCAGCUAACGGGACCAUCAUCCGCGUAUAUGGUCAACGCUCGCGCACGCUAAAUCUCAGCCUCCGACGCGCUUUCAAAUGGAUAUUCCUCGUUGCGGAUGUUCAAACGCCUAUCCUUGGUCUCGACUUCUUACGUCAUUACGACCUACUCGUCGACGUUAAGCGACACCGUCUAGUCGACCGCCUUACGAAUCUCGCAGUCAUUGGGACUUUGACCGACACCGCGUCAAUCAGUCCCGUGUACGCGACUCAACUUAGUUCACCCGUCGGGCAAACGCUGCUCGAUAGUUUUCCA